AUGAGUUUAGAGAAUGACGAUAAACGAGCACGAACACGGUCCAAGGCAAUUAGAGUACCAACAGAACUCAUUGGCCAGGAAGUGAGCUGUCCAACUCCUGGAUGCAACGGAUCCGGACAUAUUCGCGGAAAGUACGCGAGACACAGGAGUUUACAAAGCUGCCCGCUGGCCAAGAAGAGGAAACUUCAGCACGUAGAAGCAGAACAUCUGGAGCCCAAGAGAAAAUCUCAUCCCUUGAAGCUCAGCCUUGACGAAGACUAUAAUGUCGACAGUGAUGUGAGUGAAGAGACCGAAGCCAAGCUGGACUCUGUGACAGACGAUUCAGAAGGGACCCUGGAGGAGGAGGACGAGGAGGAGGACGAGGACGAGGAGGAGGACGACGAACGAGAAGCCCUUGCACAAAAGGAGGCGUCCAGCAGCCCUCCCUCGGAAGAAGGCCAAAGAAUGGAAGGAACUCUCGUGUCUGAACGGAAAGUGUCGGAAAGUGAAGGCGAAGUCUCCAGCAGCGGGGGAAACACCAUGCAUCUGCUCUGUGAAGGAGCAAUGGAAGAAGAGGAGGAGGAGGAGGAGGAGGAGGAAGAGGAAGAGGAGGAAGAGGAGGAGGAAGCAGUGGAGGAGGAAUGCGAGAAGGAGAUCGUCAUCCACCCAGAAGAUGCAGAAGAAGUCAUUGAGGUCACCAGCGAGCGCAGCAGUGAUUUGUACCUGGAACAUCAGGAGGAUGAGGCGAGUUGUGAAGACUCGUGCAAACUGCAAAAGGAGGAAGAGGAGGAGGAAGAAGAGGAAGAGGAGGAUGACGAAGAAGACCGUGAAGAAGAGGAGGAGGAGGAGGAGGAAGAAGAAGAAGAAUACGAAGAGGAGGAAGAAGAAGAGGAAGGGGAAGCGAUGGCUGAGGUAAUCUGUCCAGAAACUCCUCACAUUUCUCAGGAUAGCCCCCAAGCCCACUGUGAAAGACCGACGGUCAACCCCAAGCCGGAAUAUUCUGUCAUUGUGGAGGUGAGGUCCGACGACGAAAAGGACGACGAUUCCCACUCCCAAAAGUCCACGGUAACCGAUGAAUCCGAGAUGUAUGACAUGAUGACGCGGGGAAAUCUGGGCCUGUUGGAGCAGGCCAUCGCCCUGAAAGCUGAACAGGUCAAGGUGGUGAGGGAGCCCGGCCAGCAGGUGACCGGAGAGCACGCGAAACAUUUCCAAGUGGAGGAGAAGCAGAACAAGACCUUGGAAUCCAUCAGGAAGAACUAUUACAGCAAAGAUUCUUCAAGACCCGAGAAGCGUGAAAUCAAAUGUCCCACUCCAGGCUGUGAUGGCACCGGCCACGUCACAGGACUCUAUCCCCACCAUCGUAGUUUGUCUGGUUGCCCGCACAAAGACAGGAUCCCUCCUGAGAUUCUGGCCAUGCACGAGAAUGUAUUAAAGUGCCCAACACCUGGAUGCACCGGACAGGGCCAUGUAAAUAGCAACCGUAAUACUCACCGAAGCUUAUCUGGCUGUCCCAUUGCAGCUGCUGAAAAAUUAGCCAAAACUCACGAGAAGCAACCGCCUCCAUCCGGCGACCCUUCAAAACAUCACUCGAAUUCAGAUCGGAUCCUCAGGCCUAUGUGUUUUGUGAAGCAACUCGAGGUGCCUCAGUAUGGAAAUUACAGGCCCAACAUGGUUCCUUCCACGCCAAGGGCCAACUUGGCCAAGGAGCUGGAGAAGUACUCCAAAGUCACCUUCGAUUAUGCAAGUUUUGACGCUCAGGUUUUUGGCAAACGCAUGCUUGCCCCAAAGAUUCAGUCUAGCGAAACCUCACCUAAAGCCUUUAAAUGCAAACCUUUUCCAAAGGUUUCCACUUCCCCCAGCCACAGCCCUUCCAGCAGUUACGUGAAGAACGCUUCGUCUUCGUCCACAGGCUUCGACUACUCCCACGACGCCGAAGCCGCCCACAUGGCUGCCACCGCCAUUUUGAACCUCUCCACCCGCUGCUGGGAAAUGCCUGAAAACCUCAGCACCAAGCAGCAAGAUCUCUCCGGCAAGUCCAUGGACAUUGAAGUGGAUGAAAACGGGACUCUGGACUUAAGCAUGAACAAGCACCGCAAAUCAGAGCCCGCUGCCCGUUCAUUCGCCUCCUCGGAAGCCGACGAACAAGAAGUCCCGGAAGAAAACUUUGAAGAAAGAAAAUACCCGGGGGAAAUCACCUUAACCAACUUCAAGCUUAAGUUCCUUUCCAAGGAAAUCAAGAAAGAGUUACUCACUUGCCCUACCCCAGGCUGUGAUGGCAGCGGACACAUCACGGGAAAUUAUGCUUCUCAUCGCAGUCUGUCUGGUUGUCCUCUUGCUGACAAGAGUCUCAGAAACCUCAUGGCUGCCCACUCUGCUGACCUCAAGUGCCCAACUCCUGGCUGUGAUGGGUCCGGUCAUAUAACAGGAAAUUAUGCAUCACAUAGGAGUUUAUCAGGUUGCCCUCGUGCCAAGAAAAGUGGAAUGAAAAUCCCACCCACAAAGGAUGACAAGGAGGAUCCUGAACUGAUGAAGUGCCCUGUUCCUGGGUGUGUUGGACUCGGACACAUCAGUGGCAAAUACGCCUCCCAUCGCAGUGCCUCAGGCUGUCCCCUUGCAGCCCGGAGGCAGAAGGAAGGUUCCCUCAACGGCUCCUCCUUUUCAUGGAAGUCGCUCAAGAAUGAGGGUCCCACUUGCCCAACUCCUGGCUGCGAUGGUUCAGGCCACGCCAAUGGAAGCUUCCUCACUCACAGAAGCUUAUCGGGGUGUCCAAGAGCUACUUUUGCUGGAAAAAAAGGGAAAAUCUCAGGGGAUGAUAUACUCAAUGCUAAAUUCAAGACCAGCGAUGUUCUAGAGAAUGACGAAGAAAUCAAACAGUUAAACAAUGAAAUCAGUGAACUGAAUGAAUCCAACAGUGAGAUGGAAGCAGCAAUGGUGAAGCUGCAGUCACAGAUCUCCAGCAUGGAGAAGAACCUCAAGACCAUCGAAGAGGAGAACAAGAUGAUAGAGGAGCAGAACGAAGCCCUCUUCCUGGAGCUCUCAGGGCUGAGCCAGACCCUUAUCCAAAGUCUUGCCAAUAUCCGCCUUCCACACAUGGAGCCAAUCAGUGAGCAGAACUUUGAUGCCUACGUGAACACUCUUACCGACAUGUACACCAAUCAAGAAUGCUACCAGAAUCCUGAAAACAAGGAUCUAUUGGAAAGCAUCAAACAGGCAAUUAAAGGAAUUCAGGUCUAA